AUGACAGGGGGACGGAAAUUCAUACCCGAACUUAAAUACACUGGGAAUCUCUUAACGGACUUCAACCUCACCGCUUCGAGAGGGAGGUACCAACACAUUCAUUUCAACAACGGGGACGAAAAACGACGGGGACUCCGCGAGGUGGAAGAGGUUCUCCACGGAGUCCAAUUCAAGGGGAGAGAUCCAUUUAGAGGAGCUCUCACUUUAGAGUACCUCGUCAUCCGAUCGAACGAGGCAAGCGGUGUUGAUAUAUACGAUCUGGCAGUUCGUGUUCGUUGGAACCACUACAACAGCUCACAUUUGGAAUAUGUGUAUCUGUCACAAGUCUCUUGGGUCACAGAGCAAAAGAAAAAAUGCUGCGAGGAACAAGAUGUAUCCGAGGAGCUGCUGAGGAAUCUCAGUCUGACUUUGGUUGGAAUGUUCGUGGUGACAUUGGUGUUGGUUGGGAACCUGCAAGUCUCUAUUUGGGUUUUCUCCUGCAUUCUUUUCACCCUGAUCGGAAUCGCAGGCAGCAUGCGAUUCGCCGGUCUUACCAUCGAGCUCAUGUCGUCAAUUCUUCUCAUCUUGUCUGUGGGCUUGGCGGUCGACUAUUCCACGCACAUCGCUCACAAAUUCUUUGUCACUCAUGGCGAUUCUAAAGACGACCGAGUGAGAAUCACCUUGGCAGAAAUUGGUCCUCCCAUUUUCAAUGGAGGCUUUACGACAAUGACGGCUUUUGUGUUUUGCUUUUGGAGCAAAAAUGAUGUAUUCCAGAUUACCCUAAAGGUCAUCUGGUUUUCGGUGAUAUAUGGGUUGUAUCACGGAUUGGUUUACCUGCCGGUGAUGCUGAGCUUGUUCGGUCCACAACCUUUCGCUGACUCACUGCAUUCAACCGAUGAUAGCCCUACCCAGAGCGACCUUGAUCCCGCUCUAGAGGAGGCUCCAGAGAAGCCUGACGCCAGAAAGACAAAUCCCUCAAGCCUCAAUAGAAAGUUUGUCUGGAAGAACAACAGAGAGGAGUAUCCGAUCGGAAAUGAUUCAGGACGGAUGGCAAACGGGGAAACUGCGGGGAUGGAACCGCCUUCAGUCUCUCCAAGACGCGACGAAACCGAGUACUGUACGGGGACAUCGUAUCGUCCCAGUGUCGGCUGAUUUUUUCCUGCUUUAAAACCAUAUAUGUGAUGCCAUCUUCCGUGACUGGGAGCACCAUCGAGACUCUUCAGGACAAGCUGGGAGUUCAGGGGAGAUCGCGGCGGGGAGGCUUUGGGCUUGUUUUCAUUUCUCGUGUUAAGCUUGUAACGUGUGCAAUGCUUGUGCUUUGAGACAUUCUGGAAAUCUGCUACUCUCCGUGAAAGAAAAUAAUGUGACCAUGACUGUUAAUCUCUUUCAAGUCCCCUACUGAGGGAAAAAUGUCUCAAAGAGUAAGCAGAGAGAUAUGGAAGC